AUGCCCCAUCAGGAAUCGCCCGCCAUGACGACCGCCGUCUCCAAGACUCCCUCCGACGUUCCCCCCACUUCCGAGGAGGUCGCCUCCCUCUUUCACACUAUCUUCAAUGCCGACACCUCCGACAAGGCUCUCGAUGCCGCCUAUGGCCUGACCAACCUGUUGAUCCAGAGUGUCGGAUGUGCCGGCUUCCAGAAAUACGACAUUCUCAACCCCAUCAAGAAGGCCGCCCUCGACAAGAAGGAUGGUGCCCGGCGCGAGAGCGCUAUGCUCAUCCUGGGCGCCCUGUUCGAGCGCUUCCCGCGCCCCCACCCCCUGAGUGAGGUGUCCUUCCUGCUGCAGGAUGGAGGUCUCCUGCACAUCGCCCUCGAUGCUCUGGCCGACAAGGGCGCCGUCGUGCGCGAUGCCGCUCAGUACGCCAUCGACGCCCUGGUCGCCACCCUCAAGCCCGAGGCCCAGGUCAACGCCCUCUUGCCCGCCCUUCUCGCCUACCUUGGCAAGGGCUCUGGCAAGUGGCAGGGCUUCGUCGGGGCCUACGCCCUGAUCGAGCAGAUGGCCCGGCGCGCCGAGAUGGGUGCCGGCACCCGCGAGGAGGAGACGGACAAGGAUGUGCUCCGCGAGGCCAUGGGCAAGACCCUCAAGGAGCUCAUCCCCCUGAUCGAGUCCGGCAUGCACGACCUGAAGAACGAGGUCGCCAAGCAGGCCUGCAAGGCCAUGCACGCCGUCACCACCCUGCUGUCCAACGACGACGUCGCCCCGCGCAUCCCGCUCCUGAUCAAGACCAUGGAGCAGCCGUCGGAGAAGACGCUGCAGAGCGCCAUCCACGCCCUCUCCCAGACCACCUUCGUCGCCAUCGUCAACUCGCCCGUCCUGGCCCUGCUGACCCCGCUCCUGGAGCGCUCCUUGAACGCCCCCACCACCCCGCAGGAGACCCUGCGCCGCACCGUCGUCGUCGUCGAGAACCUGACCAAGCUGGUCCACGACCCCGCCGAGGCCCGCACCUUCCUGCCCAAGCUGAAGCCCGGUGUUCAGGGCGUCAAGGACCGCGCUUCGCUGCCCGAGGUCCGCGACCUGGCCACCCGCGCGCUGAGCGUCAUCGAAAAGGCCAUGGCCGACCGCGACCUCGCCAGUGGCGCCAUCGCCAAGGUCACCCCCGAGGAGGUCCUCGACGUCCUCGACCACCAGAUCCAGCAGCACGGGGGCCUGGUCGACCAGACCCAGCACACCCUGUUCACGCUCGGCAAGUCCUACGUCGCCGAGAUGGUCCGUGAGGAUGUCAACUGCCGCCUGCACGACCGCAUCCCCGCCUGCAUCACCCCCUACCUGCGCGGCCUGCUGCCCGAGGGCGCGCCCGAGGCCGUGGCCGCCGCGGUGCAGGAGCACUACGUCGCCGAGGACCACCGCAAGUACGGCAAGCCCGUGCCGGAGGACCCCAACGAGGUCGAGAUCGUGAACGCCAACUUCUCGCUCGCCUACGGUGGCAUGCUGCUGCUCUCCCACACCAACCUCCGCCUGCUCAAGGGCCACCGCUACGGCCUGUGCGGCCGCAACGGUGCCGGCAAGUCGACCCUCAUGCGCAGUAUCGCCGACGACAAGCUCGAGGGCUUCCCGCCGCCGGAUGAGGUGCGCACCUGCUUCGUCGAGCACAACCAGGGCGAGGACGCCGACCUGUCCAUCGCCGAGUACGUGUCCAAGGACCCCAAGAUCGCCGAGACUGGUGCCGACCACAUCCGCGAGGUCCUGCUCGAGUUCGGCUUCACCGACGGGCCCGAGGGCCGCCAGUCGCAGAACGUCGGCUCCCUGUCCGGUGGGUGGAAGAUGAAGCUGGCGCUGGCCCGCGCCAUGCUCAUGAAGGCCGACGUCCUCCUGCUUGACGAACCGACCAAUCACUUGGACGUCGCCAACGUCCGCUGGCUGCAGGACUACCUGAAGCGCCACACCGACAUCACCAGCUUGAUCGUCAGUCACGACUCGGGCUUCCUGGACGAGGUUUGCACCGACAUCUACCACUACGAGCAGAAGCGCCUCGUCUGCUACAAGGGCAACCUGGCCGACUUCGUCAAGGUCAAACCCGAGGGCAAGAGCUACUACACCUUGUCCGCGUCCAACGUGCAGUUCCGCUUCCCGCCCCCGGGCAUCCUCUCCGGCAUCAAGUCCCUGACGCGCGCUAUCCUGCGCAUGAGCCACUGCACCUACACUUACCCGGGCGCCAGCAAACCCUCUCUGGAGGACGCUUCGCUGACCCUGACCCUCUCGUCCCGCGUCGCCAUCAUCGGCGGCAACGGUGCGGGUAAGUCGACCUUCAUCAAGAUGCUUACGGGCGAGACCAUCCCGCAGGAGGGCAAGGUCGAGAAGCACCCCAACCUCCGUAUCGGCUACAUCAAGCAGCACGCCCUGGAGCACGUUGAGAUGCACCUGGAGAAGACCCCCAACCAGUAUCUGCAGUGGCGCUACGCCAACGGUGACGACCGUGAGGUCUACCUGAAGCAGACCCGCAUCCUCACCGAGGAGGACAAGGCGCAGCUGGCCAAGCCCGUCGACCUGGGCGACGGCCGCGGCCCCCGCCGCAUCGAGGCACUGAUGGGUCGACAGAAGUGGAAGAAGACCUUCCAGUAUGAAGUGAAAUGGGUCGGUCUGCUGCCCAAGAACAACACAAUGAUCUCGCGUGAGACCUUGACCCAGCUUGGCUUCGUCAAGAUGGUGCAGGAGUUCGACGACCACGAGGCCUCGCGCGAGGGUCUCGGUUACCGUGUCCUGGAACCUAAGGUCAUCUCCAAGCACUUCGAGGACGUUGGCCUGGACCCGGAGAUCGCCAACCACAACCAGAUCUCGGGCCUGUCGGGUGGACAGAAGGUCAAGGUCGUGCUGGCCGGUGCCAUGUGGAACAACCCGCAUCUGCUGGUCCUGGACGAGCCGACUAACUUCUUGGACCGCGACUCGCUGGGCGGCCUGGCCGUGGCCAUCCGCGACUACAAGGGCGGUGUGGUCAUGAUUUCCCAUAACGAGGAGUUCGUGGGCGCCCUGUGCCCGGAGCAGUUGCACAUCGCCGACGGCCGUGUCGUCUCGCGCACCAACGCCGCCGUCUCCCUGGACCGGUUCGAGGACAGCGCCGCCAGCUCGCCGCAGCCCGGCAGCACGGCCGCCAACUCGACGGCCACCAGCGCCGCCGCCUCGGCCGUCAACUCGGGCGCCGAGGACCAGGGCGACCUGAAGUUCAAGGCCAAGAAGAAGAAGAAGAUGACCCGCGCGCAGCAGAAGGAGCGCGAGGUGCGCCGCCGUCUGCGUCACAUCGAGUGGCUGAACAGCCCCAAGGGCACCCCCAAGCCCGAGGACACGGAUGACGAGGCUUAA